AUGCACCCCCACCACCCCCACCCCCGAUUCCUGCCUCCCUUCAACCCCCAACCCGACCCCCAGCUCUCCAUCCUCCAGCCACAGCACCCCCGACCCCCGCCACCCCCGCCCUCCUCCGAGCCCUCCGUUCACAACCCCGACCCCCGCGACACCACCACAAACUACGCCUUCCUCAAGGGCCCAAAGCGCAAGCGCCUCGCAAAGGUCCGUCGCUCUUCCCCUCGCUCUGGCCGGGUCCGUGCGCACCCGCCUCUGCGAGGCUUACUCACGCUGCCCCCUCUUUCUUACUUUGCAUCGAAGGACUGCACCUACACCGAUGCAGCUGGCCGUCCCGUCCCCGCACCCCGCGCCUCCAAACCUUCAGAAAAGAACGCUCAGCCUGCCAGCAGCAAUGCCUUGGACCUAUCGGUCAUUGUUAAUGCGGGCACAGGCGAAGACCUCCAUUCGCACCAUCCACCUGUACCUCAGGUGGCCGACGAUCAUGCGGGCAAGCGUCGCAAAUUUGACCUCGAGUCGCAGCAUCCACAAACACAUCAGCACCAACUUCAGCAAGGGGAACACGAUCUUGAGUUCGACCUGCAGCUGGAAAUACCAUUCCGCCCGACGUAUGAGGCGUCGAGACUGGACCCGUCUGUCGUGCGCGAGCUUGUGAACCUCUUUUUCGCGCACUGUCAGCCAUAUAGCUUCAUCAUUCACAAACCCACCUUCUCCGCCGCACUGAGUCACGAUCGCGUCCCGUGCUUUCUCCUGCAUACGAUUUGUGCGCUUGCAGCCCCGCUCUCGCAUCACCCUGCUGUUCGCGCGCAGCCGCCCCGCGCAGCAGGCAAUCCCUAUGCACAGGAGGCGCGUGCACAUAUGUUCGAUCGGCAGGGGAGGUUGGCGGUCCCGAGAGACUUGGUUGCGGUUCAGGCGCUUUGUAUACUGCAGAGCCAUGAGUUGAGCGCGCAGUGGCCGUGGACGGCGUCGACGCAGCUUUUUGUCCUGGCGCUGAAGAUCCUCCAGGAGGACCUGCACGUGCACGAGCAGAGCCAUCCGAUCCUUACCCCUGUACCGAGCGCCGAGUUCGUGUUCGGCGCGAUCGACCGCGAGUGCGCCCGCCGCGCGUUUUGGCUCAUCCGCUUCAUGCAUCUCACGGCCUUCACCUACUAUUAUGUGCCCAUCCCCCCGGCUCAGCUGGACCUCACCCUCCGUCUGCCCGUCGAUGAGACGAGCUUUGAGUUAGCUGUGCAUUCGACGCUGUCGGAGUAUCUCCACAUACCGGCACCACAAACUCAGUACGCGUCCGAAUUUGGACACCUAAUGCGGAUCGUGUCGAUUCACUGGGCGCUUGAGUCUACGCUCCGCGCCGCGAAUGCGGGCUCGACCAAGCACGACAAUAUCAAAGAGGUUGUACAAGAGACGGAGCGCGCGCUGGCGACGUGGGAGGCAUCGCUUGCGGACCAUAUUCAAUUCUCCGAGGAGAGCAUGCAGCUGCAGUUGUCCAUGUUCGAGACGGGGUCCAACAGUGGCGCAUGGGCGUAUUUCUUGACGCACAUCACGCAUGCAACGUGCGUACUGGCGUUGCUCGAUGGAAAGUCUCGCAUACAGGCACAGGCACAGGCACAGGGAGUAAUAGUCAGUCCGUCGGCGGCAGCCGUGACAACGAAUAACGCGCGCCUGUGGGCGCGUGAGCGCAUGAUGCUCAUCCUAACGUCUGUCGGACAGAAUAGGUGUAAGAAGCUGUCAUUCCUGGCCGCCUCUGCACUCGUACCCCCAGUCGCCGGCCGCCGCGAUGAACCUUCUAUUUACCAACCUGUUUUCUUUUUCUUCGUCGUCCGUCUUUGGUGGUAUAUACAGCCGCUCUUCCGCUAUGACCUCGCCGACACCCCCCAAGUGCAAGCCUUCACACGCGACUUUGAAGCCUUUUGGGGUGCACGCCUUGCGCACGUCGCGCUGCACGGCUCACGCUCAAAGUAUGCCGCGGGCGCACCGCUGUCCGCCAUGUCAGCGUCAGCUGACUUUGCGGCGCUGCACGAUUCGCCCGAGCCCGCCUUCAGCGAGGCGUCGAGCCGGACCAGCGCCUCCGGCUCCAGGGGCCAGCGUGACGCUGGACCCUCCUCGGCGCACGGCGGGUCUGCCUCGGGCGCGGGGAUCAGGACUGCGACAGGACGCUCGCGAAGGCGCAAGCGGCCGUGGGAUUCAGCCACUGGCGUGAGUGCACCGCCUCAGUUCGGGGUGGAAGUGGGCGAAGAGGGCGGCGGGAACGGAAAUAGUGUGGCGGGGGGGACGAGCCUGCCGGGCCUCAAGGCGUGUGGCCUUUUGGAUUCGUGGAGCGGGAACGGUACGUCUGAGCUUUUGCUGUCACCGUCGUCGUCGACGGCGGCGGGGCGGCUGCCUCCGCCGCCUUGGACGGUGCUCAUGGGGGCUUCUGCGGCAGCCCAGAAAGCGAAUUUGAGCGCCCACGCCGGCGCACAACCCGGUGCGAGCGCAGGGUCGAAAGUUCAAGCGGCGGCGAGUAGCUCGACAUCGGUUUCGGCUUCUAGCUCGGUACAGACGGCGCAUGCGGCGACGGCGAUGAUGAUGACGAUGUCAAUGCCGUCUAUGCCAACCAUGCCACUGCCACCAUCGUCGAGGGCGGUACAGAUGUCGAUCUCUGGGUCGGUUGCGGGCUCGGCGGCGGCGAAAGCCAGAUCAAGGUCUGGGUCAGGGGGUGAUUGGGCACACGGGAAUGGGCAGGGGAUCGGCUCGGGGGGGAAGGCAAGCAUGCCGGUCGGAUUGCAUUGGCUUGAGCAAGAACAGCGGUAG